AUGCAUAUCUCUGCCUCGACGUUCCUUUUAGUCUCUUCAGGCUUCUUAGGGCUAUCUGAGGCGUCAAAAAGGACACCAAAAAAUCCCCAGACAUGCUGUAACUUGUUGAAUCAAAAGUUCCACGGGCAAGGGAAGGUCGUGAUGCAGAGCCACCCCGACUAUACGACUCUAAAUGCUCAUUGGUUGGCCGCCUCCCAAUUAUCGCCAACUUGCAUAUUUACCCCUAAAACAGCAAGGGAUGUCUCUAAGGCCGUCGCCUUAUUUUCACACCACCAUUGUGUAUUUGCAAUUCGAAGCGGCUCUCAUAUGCCCAACAAGGGGUUUUCUUCCACGGAUAAUGGAAUCCUCAUCUCCCUCUCUGGCCUCGACGAGGUUUCCUACGAUCGCCAUCGGCAUAUUGUUAAGGUUGGCGCCGGAAACCGCUGGACCAAUGUCUACAACCAUCUUGACCCUAAAGGCGUUGCAGUGCUGGGUUCUCGAGAUUCUGAUGUUGGUGUCAGCGGGUUCCUUCUCGGAGGAGGAAUCUCCUUCUUAUCCAAUAAGUAUGGAUGGAGUUCCGACAAUGUCGUCGAGUACGAGAUUGUCCUCGCCAAUGGUAGCAUCAUUAAAGCCAACAAGUAUCAACAUGUUGACCUCUUAGGCUGCCUCAGAGGCGGUUCCUCGAACUUUGGGAUCGUGACUUCUUUUACGCUAAAAACCUAUAAUAUAAAUGCCCACGCUGCAGGAGUCGUUCGCUACGCGCAAUCCUCUGUCCCACAGCUUUUCACGCCUUUAUACAACUAUAUUGUGACUGGCCAAGAUGCAGAUCCAAAUUACCACAUUAUUCCUAAUUUUAUCAAGGACGCAGGCCAGCCCCAUAGAGCUACUUUUACGCAAUUCUACACAAGAGAGGUCGACUUGUCAAACCCCCCUCUGGUCAUGAAGCCAUUUGUGGAUGGUUCGAUCCCAGCAUACAACAACUUUGUUGCAAAUUUAACGGGGGUGGGCAGUUUGCCCAAGGCAUUCGGUGGCGGUUCUACUCUUUCAUCUCCUUUUCGAAGCCAGUGGCACGUCACCUCUGUUCUCGCUGAUGAACAGCUAUUCCGAACGAUCCACAGCCUCUGGCUGAACGUUUCACUGCCUUAUGAGACCUCUAUUCCCGGGUUUUCGAACAGUAUCGCUAUGCAACCUAUUGGAAACAAGUAUAUCCAGACAACCAAUGCGACGCCUGGCCGGAAUGUUUUGGGUAUCACAGCUCCGCUCGUAGUUAUCUCCGCCAAUAUAUAUUGGUCCAAUGCAUCUGAUGACACGACCAUGGAAUUGUUCUUGAAGGAUCUAUUCACAAAGAUCAAAGCUGCAGCUGCAGCGGUUGGAAAGGCAGCGGGCUAUGAAUAUCUCAACUAUGGUGGAGUAAACCAAAAUCCUCUUACACAGUACGGACAUAAUAAUUUGGUCAGAAUGAGACGGGUCAAGAGAAAAUACGACCCGCGUAACGUGUUUGGGACCUUGGUGGAAGGAGGUUUUAAGAUCCCGGGAAUCUAA